AUGGCGCCGCAGUUGGGACCGUUUUUUAAGCAGGUUGAUGACUUGUCUGGCUCCUUUGUUGAUAGACUGCGAAAGGCCGUUGCCAUUCCAUCCAUUUCUGCUCAGGAUGAAAAUAGAAAGGAUGUAUUCAAGAUGGCUCAGUUUCUUGCCUCGGAACUGGAAAGUUUAGGAGCUGAAGUUCACCAAAGACCACUGGGCAAACAGCCUGGAAAAGAGCAUCUUGAUUUGCCUCCAGUUGUCAUUGCUCGCUAUGGGAAUGACAAGAACAAAAGGACCAUUUUGGUUUAUGGACACUAUGAUGUACAGCCUGCAUUGAAGGAGGACGGCUGGGCCACUGAGCCUUUUGAAUUAUCCGUUGACAACAAUGGAAGGAUGUACGGUCGCGGUAGUACAGACGACAAGGGUCCUGUUUUGGGUUGGUUGAAUGUUAUCGAAGCUCAUAAAAAGGCUGGCGUUGAGCUGCCAGUCAACCUUCUCUGCUGCUUCGAAGGCAUGGAGGAAUAUGGUUCCGAAGGGUUAGAGGAAUUUAUUCAAGCCGAGAGCAAGAAAUUCUUUAAAGACACGGAUGCUGUCUGCAUUUCAGAUAACUACUGGCUCGGAACCGAGAAACCCUGCCUUACUUAUGGACUACGAGGCUGCAACUACUACUCUGUCAGUGUUUCAGGGCCUGCCCAAGACCUCCACAGCGGCGUGUUUGGUGGAUCCGCCCACGAGCCUAUGACAGACCUGGUCAAUGUUUUGUCGAAGCUUGUUGAUGCCCAUGGCAAAAUUUUGAUCCCUGGCAUCAUGGACCUUGUUGAACCUCUGACGGAAGAGGAGAAGUCGCUGUACGGCGAUAUCAGCUACACGAUGGAAAACCUUCAUGAGUCUCUCGGGAGCAAGACAGGCAUCCACCCUACCAAAGAGAGGACUCUUAUGGCCCGGUGGAGAUACCCUUCCCUAUCUAUCCAUGGCAUUGAAGGCGCUUAUUCCGCUCCUGGAGCUAAGACUGUCAUUCCAGCGAAAGUCAUCGGCAAGUUCUCGAUAAGGACUGUGCCAAAUAUGGAAAGCAAGGAUGUUAACAAACUUGUUUUUGACCAUAUAAAAACCGAAUUUGCCAAGCUGAACAGCAAGAACACCCUAGACGUGUGGCUUCAGCAUGACGGAAAAUGGUGGGUCGCCAGCCCAAAGCACUGGAACUUCACUGCCGCGAGCAAAGCCGUGCAACAGGUCUUUGGGGUUCAGCCAGAUAUGACCCGCGAAGGCGGCAGUAUCCCCGUUACGUUGAACUUUGAGCAAGCGACGGGAAAGAAUGUAUUGCUUCUACCCAUGGGAAGCUCAACUGAUGCUGCUCAUUCUGUUAAUGAGAAACUUGACAAGCGAAACUACAUUGAAGGUGUUAAGCUGCUUGGAGCUUAUUUGCACUAUGUUGCGGAGGAGCCUAUUAACACCUAA